UUUCCCCAGGAAACUCAAAAUACUUAUUAGCCCUUGGCCCCCUCCAACCCGAGCGUCAGCUUGUAAGACCCCCUCCCCUCCCACUCCGACUUGCCUUGCUCAAGUAUUUCGCCUGGUCUAUUCUACCAGUCCGGCCUCGUCCUUGUCUCUUGUUCCUUGGUCACAGAGAUCCAAUUCCAUAUCAAGACUGUGUUUCUGCCCCGCCUUCGUGGUCCUCGACAGCACUCGUCGAAAAAACAGGCCAGUUACACAAUCCACAGCACCGGCUGAACGCAGCCCGCCCCUACGUCACCAUGCCUUCCGCCGAAGGUGCCCCCCAGACCCUCUACGACAAAAUCAUCUCCGACCACAUUGUCGACGAGAAGCUCGACGGCACGGUCCUGAUCUACAUUGACAGGCAUCUUGUCCACGAAGUCACCUCUCCUCAAGCCUUUGAGGGCCUCAAAAAUGCCGGCCGGAAAGUGAGAAGACCAGACUGCACUCUGGCAACCACAGAUCACAAUGUUCCCACCACCUCGAGAAAAGGCAUCAAGGACAUUGCGACAUUCAUCAAGGAGGACGACUCGCGCGUGCAGUGCAUGACGCUCGAGGAGAACGUCAAGGACUUUGGCAUCACGUACUUUGGCCUCGGCGACCGCCGCCAGGGCAUCGUCCACGUCAUCGGACCCGAGCAGGGCUUCACUCUGCCCGGCACGACCGUCGUCUGCGGCGACAGCCACACGUCGACGCACGGCGCCUUUGGCUGCUUCGCCACGGGAAUCGGCACCUCCGAGGUCGAGCACGUGCUCGCCACCCAGUGCCUCGUCACGAAGCGCAACAAGAACAUGCGGAUACAGGUCGAGGGCGAGCUCGCCGCGGGCGUCAGCUCCAAGGACGUCGUCCUCCACGCCAUUGGCAAGAUCGGCACCGCCGGCGGCACCGGCUGCGUCAUCGAGUUCUGCGGCUCCGUCAUCCGCGGCCUCAGCAUGGAGGCCCGCAUGUCCAUCUGCAACAUGUCCAUCGAGGGCGGCGCCCGCGCGGGCCUCGUCGCCCCCGACGACAUCACUUUCGAGUACAUCAAGGGCAAGCCGCUCGCGCCAAAGUUUGGCACCCCCGAGUGGGAUCGCGCCGUGGCCUACUGGCGCUCCCUCCAGUCCGACCCGGGCGCCAAGUACGACAUUGACGUCCAGAUCGAUGCCAAGGACAUCAUCCCGACAGUCACCUGGGGCACGAGUCCCGAGGACGUGGUCCCGAUCACCGGGGUCGUCCCGGACCCCGAGACCUUUGCGACCGAGGACAAGAAGGCCGCUGGCCGGAGGAUGCUCGAGUACAUGGGCCUGACGGCCGGCACCCCGAUGGAGGAGGUCCCCGUCGACAAGGUCUUCAUCGGAUCGUGCACAAACUCCAGAAUUGAGGACCUGCGGGCCGCCGCCUCUGUCGUCAAGGGCAGGAAAAAGGCCGACAAUGUCAUCGCCGCCAUGGUCGUGCCCGGCUCUGGCAUCGUCAAGGAGCAGGCCGAGGCCGAGGGCCUCGACAAGAUCUUUACGGACGCGGGCUUCGAGUGGCGCGAGGCUGGCUGCAGCAUGUGCCUGGGCAUGAACCCGGACAUCCUCUCGCCCAAGGAGCGCUGCGCCAGCACGAGCAACCGCAACUUUGAGGGCCGCCAGGGCGCCCAGGGCCGCACACAUCUCAUGUCACCCGUCAUGGCCGCGGCCGCGGGCAUCGUCGGCAAGCUCGCCGACGUCCGCAAGCUCACGGGCUCCACGUCGAGCCCGCACGUCGAGGCCUUCCAGGCGGCUCCCUCGUCGUCGUCGUCGGCGGCCUCUGCCGGCAAGCCCACACCCGACAGCAGCAUCGCGACCGACGACGACGCCAAGGAGCGCCUGGCCGACGAGCCCGAGGACAGCUCGCCGACCACCAACACCACGCCCGCGGCGAAAUCCUCGGAGAGCGGCGGCGGCGGCAUGGAGAAGUUUGUCGUGCACAGGGGCCUCGCGGCGGCCCUGGACCGCAACAACGUCGACACGGACGCCAUCAUCCCCAAGCAGUUCCUCAAGACGAUCAAGCGGACGGGCCUGCGCGACGGCCUGUUCCACGAGCUGCGCUUCGACGGCCAGGGCAACGUCAAGCCCGACUUUGUCCUGAACCAGGAGCCCUGGACGCAGGCCAAGAUCCUCGUCUGCACGGGCGUCAACUUUGGCUGCGGCUCCUCGCGCGAGCACGCCCCCUGGGCCCUGCUCGACUUUGGCAUCCGCUGCAUCAUCGCGCCCUCGUUCGCCGACAUCUUCUUCAACAACACCUUCAAGAACGGCAUGCUGCCCAUCGCCAUCCCCAACAAGGCCCACAUCGACGCCAUCGCCGCCGAGGCCCGCGCGGGGCGCGAGAUCGAGGUCGACCUCCCCAACCAGGUCAUCCGCGACGCCGCCGGCACCGAGAUCUGCAAGUUCGACGUCGAGGAGUUCCGAAAGUACUGCCUCGUCAACGGGCUCGACGACAUUGGCCUCACCCUCCAGCUCGACGACAAGAUCUCGGAGCACGAGCGCAGAAUCACCGAGACGUGGCCCUGGAUCGACGGCACCGGGUACCUCAAGAGGACCCGCGGCGGCAAGCUCGCCGUCAAGCCCGCCAAGGUGCCCACGACGAAUCGCGGCGAGGAGAUCAAGGAUCCGAUCGACUGGUAGUUUUUCUUUUGGUCGUCUUUCCUCCGUGGAGGCUUUGUUCUCUGGUUUUCUUUUGGGGGUUUCCUGAUCCACGGCAUUCGCCGGCUUGAUUUGCUUGGAGAGGCUUUGCUACUGCUGCCUUGCUUGAUCGUUUUCACGAAAGGGGGAAGGGAAGUUUGCCACGAUUAACGAGAUAUCUCACGACCAAAAUUCCUCCGCUGAUGGAUAUAGGAAGAGAAUGCAAAGAAAGUAAAAGUAAAAGCGUUCCUCACAUAUAAAUGAUAACUGCCGCUCGGUGGAAGCCUAAGG